CGCAAAGGCAAAACGUCAGACUUUUCUUGAGCAAAGAUCUAGUGUGUCCUCGUUCCAAGAAAAGAAAAUCGAUUUUCAACACGAAGGCCAUCAUCAUGUCCUCCUCCUCCUCCUCCAGUUCUUCCUUGCUCAAUUCGGCUAAAAACAAGGUCGAAAAGAGCCUGCAGGAGCUAGAGCAGGUCCUCGAACUGGAGGAAAUUUCGCUGCAAAACCUAAACGAAUCCAGAAAGCUGCGCUCCGAGAAACGGGAACAGUACGAGAAGCUACGAAGGCAGGCGGAGGCCAUCGUGUAUGGGGGCGAAGGACAAGGAGGUGCGGCGGGGAGUUUGGACGCAAUUACCAGUGGGAAGAAUGACGCAGCGGCUAGUAACCAGGGCAACCUCCGAAGGGCCUGCGAGGAGAUCUUGGAGCAAGACGGACUUGCUGGCGGACACGAGGCGGCGGGGAGCGAAGGUGUGGAUGAAGGUACAACUACAAAUUAUUUGUGUGAGUUUGUCUUUGUCAUGAACAUGAUGCAGUGUGCAGCAUGAGAAAACGUUUCUGUGAUGCAGAAAGAGCAGCACCAUGUGCUUGUGUAUUGCCAGUCCCAGCACAUCGACUGCAGCUAAGCACCACCUUCUAACCCAAAACACGACCACAGCCACCGAGAAGCAAGUCCACGAGCUGGUGGAGAAUGUCCAGAAGUUUCUGGACGACGAGCAUGAGGAACGAUUACAAGUCCUUGAUGAAGACGAAACGCAGAAUGAGGACGAAAAAUCCCGGAACUACAUCAGGAAGAUCAGUUUGGACAAGAGAAAACAAAGCUACAAGGGGAUAACAAGUACGGGCACGACUGGUGCUUCAUCUUUAUCAAAUGUAAAAAUGUCUGGGUCUGGGAACUUGUGAUGCUGGUUUGCGAAACAAGAGAACGCCAGAGAUGCCGGCUCAGCAUGACAGGUUUUUGAGUCGCUACGUGUUGCCUAUUCUGCAUGAGAAACUGGGUUUUUGCAUGACACAAAAGUGGCGCUUUUUGGUACCUUGCAUGACAGACUUGACAGUCAUGCUAGCAGAGCAUGACACACCCGGCAUUUUUCCAGACCCAGACAUAUUUGCAAUCCAUAAUCUUCUUCGAACAACAGCAUCGCAAGCUGGGCGGAAAGCAAAAUAUUUCCCGGAGAAGUUCCGGACUACGUGCCGCCAAAUGCAGCAGCAGUGGGAGGCGCUGCAGCUGCUAGUAGUACUUCUGCACCGAAGACUGGUGGUGCCAAUAAAGCAGCAACUUCAUCUUCCACUGCAAAAGCUGUUUCGUCUUCGUCUACCACGACGCCGAAAGCAAAGGCGAAAACGGGGGCCGCAGCUGCGAAAGCCGGCUCAACCACUCCCACUGCGUCUUCCCCUGCUGGGAAAGCAAAAGCGAGCGAUGCCGCAACUUCGUCUACCAGUCCUGGGAAAGCAAAGCAGCCUGCAUCAUCCAUAACCCCUCCAACCGUGUCGAAGAGUAAAGCAGGGAGUAAACUCUCCCCACCACCGGCUACAGCAACACCGACGGCAGCGAAGCUGCCGAGUGGGACGAUGGCUUCCUCUAGUACUUCGCCGAGUAAGGCCAAAGCGGAAACUGCUGCUGCAACCUCUUCUUCCAAAGCACCUCAAGCCGGCACUGCGCCGGACGUCGUUUUGGCGAAGCAGAAGCAGAAAUCGAAGUUGUCACAGGUGAAAACCACGAGUUCUUCCUCAUCUUCAUCGAAACAACCUUCGAAUAAAGUACCCAAAUCCCGCUUCCCCGACUCUGACGAGGAAGCGGAAAUUCUGCAAAUCCCGAAAGCGGAUUUGGACGAAGUGAAGCUGUUUAUGGAGAGCGGUAAUCAGCAGCAGGAGCCGAUAUGCAUUGCAAAAGUAUCGUACUCGUAGUAUUGCAACACAAAUUCGCCCAGCUUGGCAAAUGGAAUUUCUCAUGCUGAUUUCGUUUGAAAAAAAAAUUUGGAUUGCAUGUUUGCAAUUACACACUAUCAGUACGAUACUUUUGCACAGGAUAGCCGAAAACCCGGGAGGAUUUAGAACAAUUUUUUCUCGAGACGAAAAGGCAAAUCAUGGCCGCAGCGAGACCGAUGGCGAAGGACUGGAAAGAUUGGUCGGAAGCGAGGAUGCAGGGAGUUGUGCGAGUGCCGGGGAGGAGAAUUAUGGAGAGGGAUUUAUUUGCGGAGACGAACAGUGCUGGUGGCUCGUCGUCAUCUUCCUCUUCUGCGAACAAGUUGCCAUCUUCCAAAGAGCAGGCCGCCGCGGCGAUAGAAGAUGUUUGGAACGAUGUGUACGGAAAAGUGGUUCUAGAAAACGAGCAAUCCGCGACUACUUCGCCAAUCUUGGAGGAGAGCCGGCCAGCUGAGGAAGUCGGGGGUUCGGGGGCAAGUCCAACCUCCAGACGGGCAAGUGCGACAACAAGUUCCGGGAAGACUUCUCGUGCUGCCAGUCCUGAAGAUGAUAACCUCUCUGCGACACUGAAAGACGACGACGAUAUCCCGACGAAAAGUGAGAAGAUGCAGGCUGCGGCUUCGCCUGAACCGGCGGUAGUACAGCCAUUGAAACUCCGGUCGGAGAAAGCCUCCCGAAAGGAACAAAACGGCGUGAUCAACUAUGUGCAGGAAAUCAUCCUCAACCGGUUCAUCAUCAACAACGCGAUGAAAGAGUCCGCGAAGAAAACUCUAACGCAGCAGGAAAUCGAGGAUAAACGGAAACUCUACCUGAAAAAACUCGAACAGGAGAAGGAAAACCUCUCGAAUGCCGCGAAAAAUCAAGCGGGUGAACAGCAGAAGGAAUUACUGACGGACUCGGAGUUGGAAGAGCAGGGUGGGAAAAUCAUCAAUUCGCUAGUGAGGGAUGUUGUGGCGAGCGAGAUUUGGAAAUUGUCCCAGGAAAUGGCUUUAUUCUCCGAUGAAGUCUGCUCUGCCUUUAUGGAAUAUGCGGUGAUCACUGCGGCGUUGAAAAAUGUUGGCGGAGGGACCACAUCAAACAAAGAUGACAACGCUGCUGCUCUCACCUGGACCCAGCGGUCGCCGGCGGAAUUAGAGCAGAACUUCAACCAAAACAACUCGUUCGACCAGUGUGAGUCGAAAUACGAGCAGUGUGUCUCUGUCCUGAAGCAGAUGGGGAGAGACGAACGGAAGCGGAGGUUUCAGACCUACAAUCCCUUGUCUUUCAAAAAAGAGGAGAAACUGAAGCAUUUGACCAUGCAGAGUGCGGGGCUGAUAGGUUCGUCUUCCGGUGGGGUAGAUCAUGGCUCAUCAGCAUCGCAAAACCAAAGCGGCUCUCCCCAAGAUGACGACCCGAACACGGAGCAGAAAAAAGGUUCGGAGGAGGAGGAUCAAGACGAAUUACCAGAGGAGAUCGACGCAGCGGCUUUGCGUGUGUGUGACGCGCCUUUCUACCGGGUUUUGAAUGCGAAAAACGUGCCGAGUAGUAAAAGAAGGCGAGAAGAAAAUUCACCAAUUGCCGCCGCCAAUGCGAACAAUGAGAAAAACAUGCGGUUUGCGAGUAAGGAGGUGAGAAACGUUGCUGCGCCGGAGGUGCCGUCGUUGGGUUCCAGCCCCGUGUCAGGGACGACGAGCAAUUUUUCCCCGAGCUCACACUUAGGCUCAACCCAGGCGUUCGCCGUGCAGCAAGCGCAGUUCGCGACGAGAGGUGGUGGCGGUGGGGGCGGCGGAUCAUCACCAACGAUGCGGAAAGCGGCGCGAGUUGCUGGUGAUGGUAUCGACGAUAGCAACGGGCUUGCGAGGAUUUCGGAAGACCAGGAGUUGAAGAUGGGAUCACCAGAGAAGAACAAAAACAGCAAUUCGUACGCUACUUCCGGCGACGCACCAUUGCCAAGACCCUUCACCUUCGACCCGCGUUCCCACCCUUCCUGGGUGGAGGAACGGAAACAUUUCCAACGGUCCGCCGCGAUAAAGCGCACCGCGAGGAAUCGGAAUAUCAUGGGCAUUAUGCAUUGCAAAAGCAUCGUACUUACUAGAAGUAUGAAUUGGAUUACAAAUAUCCUCAGCGCGAGAAAUGGUGCAAUUUGUAAUGCUGAUUGACAUCAUUGAGAUUGACCUUCGGAGUUUGUAAUGCAUAACUGCAAUUGCCACGAGGGAGUGCGAUGCUUUUGCACUGGAUAAGCACGCCGGACAGCAGUGACUUGAUCAGCGAGUUUUGCACUCUUGACCGGAAUAUCAAACGUAAAAAUGUCUGGGUUUUGCAUGACACUGAUACUACUGGUGCUACCACCUUUUAGGGUGAUUUUUUCGACGUAGGUGGGACUGUGUCUUAGUUGUUGUUUUUCAUCGUUUUUUACUUUUCUUUUAAUCCCUCGGUGCUAGGAAAAGUUUUUGCACAGGGCUAUUUCUAUCCAGAUACCCACACAGCUGUCGUCGCGGCCGUCCCAGAUGCUGUUGUGCUUGUCUUUCGAUAGAAAUCGCGUUGUCCAAUAAUUUCUUCUAGAGUUUACCGGGUAUGAGGCUACUGUUUGUCGAAUUAAUUUACGAGGGGACGCCCAGCCCUUAGCCUUCCAACAUGACACAGAAGGUCUGGAAUGGAAGCUGUUUUUGCAUGACACAGAAGGUCUGGAAUGGAAGCUCUAGCAUCACAGGUUUCGAGAAGCUUCCGCAAUGCCGAAUCCGCAUGACAAAUCCCCCAUUUUGGUGACAGAAAGUGGGCAGCUUUUGCUGCCUAUGCAUGAGAGAUUUUUCUGUGUUCUGAAAUGCGCAUCACAAGUUUGCAAUCUUCCAGAGCCAGACAUUUUUACAUUUGAUACGGAAUGUCAGGACGACUUACACCUACAGUCACAAUCCGAACAACGCGGGUAACACAGUGGUGCCGAAGGCGAGGAUUUCGGGCUUUUUCGCUCAUUGCAACGUCCGCUACACGCGGGCUUUGGGCCUGGUCUUCACGAUCUGCACAGAACGGGGUUACCUAGGUGACAACUUUCUCUACGUCGUGAGGUUACCGAGGAAAAAACUUCCGAACAACAACCUCAUCGCGUAUCCGGGCGUUGGUUCCAAACCAGAGAAAGAGGAAAAAGAACACCAACCAAUCACCACGAGUGCUGGAACUACAAGUUUAGCUGCGUCGAAACAGAAGCAGAAGCAGAAACAGGCUUACAAGACGAAUAAGGACGUGGAUUGGGAGGAGUUUUUCGUAGAGAAACCGAUUGUUGUUAGAGAAACGGUUUCGGAGAACAAGUUCACCGAGCCGACGAUUUCGGCGGAUGGAACAAUGAUACUAGCGGUGGAGAAGGAAAAGAACAAAAAUUCGAAGAACAACAAAGUCACCUUUCUCUCUACAUCCGUUCUCCACGCGCAGCUCAUGGACCAAAGUAGCGAUUACCGUACCACCGCUGAUUUGAAUAAAAACAACAACGCUUUAGCAUUACAUAACGCGAUGCAGAUCGAGACGAAACAUUUUAGAAGAAACGGGCAGGAGGAUUACGAUCUGGGGAAGUUGAAUUGUUCGAAAAUCGCGUUGUUUUCGGAGUUAUCUUUGUUGGCGACGAACGAGUCGAUGUUCUGCGGGUUGCAGGACGGAUCCGUGGUGAAAUUGAAUUUCGGGAAGUACGCGCGGGUGUUACCGGAAGCGACGGACUUUGGCACGCCGGGGAUUGCGAAAAUGCCGGCGUAUUGGGAAGUUGUGAGGCCGAAGGACGAUAAAAGGAAAGUGGAGAAAUAUGAGGAGGAACACGUAUUACAAAUAGCGAGGGCUCUUUUUUUGUCAUGCUGUUUCUACAAGAACAUUUUUUUGCCGUCAAAUUUGUUGCUGCGUUAUAGCCAUUACAAAUCUUGAUCUUCUCUAACAAAACAGAACACCUGGCACCCGGUUCCAAAGGAGUACUUCGAGCGGCACGACUCCGAGAUCCGGUUUCUCCAGUGCACCCAAACCGACGCGCUGCUCUGGUCUCUGGACGAAAAAAACCUCAUUUGCGUCUGGCGCUACACGGACAAACACCGAACUGGCUUCGGCUCUUUCCGACCACUCUCGGCCUGGCGAUUGUCCCUGGACGACUACGUUUUGAACCUGCCGAAAACGGUGGUUUAUGCAUUGCAAAAGCAUUGUACUAGUAUAAAUGCAUUACAAAUUUCCUCAGCAUGAAAAAUAAAAUUUGUAAUGCGGAUUUACGUUGAGAAUGAGAUUUGUAAUGCAUGAAUGCGAUUACUACGGAUACUUUUGCACAGGAUAUGGUGUCAGAAUCCGGGGAUGAGGAGGAGUUGCUUACCGGGCAAGCGAAAGGACAUAGCAAGAACAAUCAGAACAACCAGCUCUCGUUAAAUGCGCCAGCUUUUCUGGAUUUAAACGAACACUUCCUCUAUCCGUUCUACGUGGAUCCGGACACGGCGCCGAAUUCGGUGGAGAACGAAAACAACAUCUAUUUCCCUGGGAUUGAGAAUUCCGUCUACCUAUCCACAAAAAAAAACCAUAACCAUCCAAUUUUGGCAUGACAAACUAACACUGUUUCUGAUGUUUGUCUUUGUUUUGCAUGACAAAUUGGAUGGGGAUGGGUUUUUUUCUGUGGAUACUACCGGGUGAAUUCGAAGACGGGGGGGAAGAGAAAAAUCCCGGUGGUUGGUACACGGAACACAGGCCAGGACGAUCAAGUCCAUGGGAAAAAGCACGUAACUUUCGCAGGAAGUCAAAGUUCUGAUGCGGAGCAGGAACUGGAAGGUGGGACAAACGAUCAAAACAACCUCGGUUUUUCCGGCUCUUUUGCCGCGAUGCAGCAGCAAACACUGGACCAGAUCGGCGAUUUUGCGGAGGAACAUUUGUACGGGGUGAAAGUACCACUUUUGCACAAGUUCCCCGGGUAUGGGAAGAAGAUAAAACACGUGGCUGAGACCAGUGGUGGAAUAACGAGUACCAAAUCUUCCCCCAUCCUCGAUUUCGCGAUCUACGGCAAAACGGCUGCGGUGCUGUACAAGGUGCAGAAAUCCGUCUUCCGCUGCAUGGUCUUUUCCUGCGAAACGGAGAUGGGGAAGGAGCAAGUCGCGGGGGAGUUUUCCUCCUCCGCUGGAAAACGAUCGCAAACCGCGCAAAGACCAAGAACCCCGAAUAGACAAACCGCAGACACAUCGUCCCCUCUGUCCCCAACCUCGAAUUCGAAGAAGAAGGAAGAAACAAAUUCUGGCGGUUUGUUCGGCUCCAUGUUUUCCGCAAUAACCGCUCCUGUAACCAUGGUCGCUUCCGCGACUGAGUCCAUCGCGGCGUCGACCGGGUUGAGCCCGGUGUCUGGUAGAAGAGAUUCAUCCCGGCCAACAACAGCUGACGCGAAUAGGAAGAAAUUACGUACCGGCUAUGGCCAAGCGUUUCACAAACAACCGACCUUUUCCGAUGACGGGUUCUUAUCGAAUUUACCGCCAAUAGGGUCGAAGGCGCACCGGAUGUUGAUUGACGAGGAAAUUUCCGAGUGCUCGAGCGAUGAAGAGGAUUUGGCGUAUUUCACCGCGGCUGGGGCGGUGUUGCCGGAUGGAAUUGGUGGGGAUGAGGAUGAGCAGGACAGUAGUACUGAUGAAGAGAUUAAGGCUACACGAAAUACAUACUCAAGACCAUACUUAAAAAAUUCGCAUGCUCUGCUCGAGGCGCGGAAAAAAAGACUCCAACUGGGUCUAUGUUAUGCAAGAAUCAGAAGCGCGCAUCUUCUGGAUUGCUCGUCGCGAAAAAAAUAGACAGGAGCGCGGAGCGCGCUCGUGCGGAGUGCCUGCGGAGGCAGGCUGUAUGAGAUGCCGCUUCGAAUCUGCGUGAGCGCGGUUCCUCUCUCGUUUAGACUGCAACGCAAACGCGCCCGCCUGCGGUGCCCGUGCUCAAAUCCGUUUCGAGAACUAUCAGCACUCAAGCUGGCAGAAAGGCACGCGGGCCCAAAAGGUCGCGCGCUUCAAGCUGCGCGCAGGAAGUGGCGCUCGCUAGUAGGCGAAGAUAUUCCCGGCUGGAACACGUCCGCCACCAGCAACGCACUGCGUCUCUUGCUCCGGUGCUUGGCCUCCGUGUUUGAGCACAACGAGAGCGCAACGCCCGAGCCUUUCGGGAGGGCGCGGCGCUCCAGCAAAAAAAACAAGCGCGAAAAAGAGCGCGCAAACAUAGAUAAAAAACGCGCGCGCGCAGGAGCGCGCAGAGAACAUAGACCAUGCCACGCAGUCUAAGAAGUUUAUGGCUGGCCACAAAUGGGGUCGCUUUUUGUGCAUAAUUUUCAGCGCAUUUUCGUGCGCAUUUUCGCGCGCGCGCAAGAGCGCGCGAACAUAGAGCAUGCCAUGCAGUCUAAGAAAUUUACGGGUGGUCGAAAAUGGGGUCACUUUUUCUGCAUACUUUUCGGCGCAUUUUCUUGCGCAUUUUCGCGCGCGCGAAAAAGCGCGCGAACAUAGGCCAUGCCGUGCACUCUAAGAAGCAAGUUUAUGGGUGGCGAAAAAUGGAACCACUUACUCUGCGUAUAUUUUUAGCGCAUUUCCGUGCGCAUUUUCGCGCGCAUUUUCGCGCGCGCUUCCGCUCCCUCUGGCUCCAUGGUUGAGCACGACGCCGAAGCGCAGCGUCUCAUGUUCGUGUGCAAGCGGAGAGAGCCAUCACGGUGGGCCUGCGUGGCGCCUGUGCAUUGCGCUUUACCUUUGUGGCUCCGGCGCGUGUUCUUGCGCACCGCUGUGGCGUCAAGCUUUACCGCCGAAAGCUGCACUCGAAAAAGCGCAAAAAAGCUAGCUCGCAACAAAUGUGCGCGCUUGGCGUGUUUACUGCCUGUUGUGGCGGUAUUUGCUUUCUCUAGUGGCGCCGCAGGGGGCCCGCUAAACUGUUGUGGGCAUGCUUGCCGAAGUUUGACAGCCCCGGACCGGGCUUGGUUUUGCGGCGUGACACAUUGGGCGGAAAUAAGUCGUAGCCCGAUCAGCGUGUGACGUCUGCGCCCUUCGUGUGUGUUUUUGGCCGUCCUGGUGUAUUGGAUUUCUGCGCAUAUGAAUUUUUUAAGUAUGAAGAAGAGUAUGAAAAUUUUGUACCUCUAAAGAGAUGAAUCCAGAAGAACUAGAUGGUGAUGAUGCCGGUGACAACGCUGACCGCAAAACCCGCAGCUCCUCCUCCUCCGCAGCGAAAGGAGGUAACAGUCCCUUCGACGACCAGAAAACGCCAACGAACAGGAGUAACGCGACAACACCAACGAACGCAGGAGCAGCUGGCGCUAAUCCCUUGUCCGACUCCCUCCCCGCACCAGGUCAACAAGACCAAACCCAACCUGCACAAGCAGUUCCCAUCCGCCCCGUCGCCCUCCGGACGAAACGCGACCGAAAGCGGCAACAGCAGCAACAGCCCAUUACCACCCUUCCGAAGAUCAAAUUCCAGCUCCCCUCGAAAAAACGGGAAAACCUCUUUCAAUAUCAUAAUGUUGGUUUGAAUGUCGACGCCGAGCCGAAGAUCGCGGUGUACCGGCACUUUGUGUGGAUAGUCGACGAAAUCUCGAUCUACAGCUAUUCCGCGAAGACAGGGCAAUUGCUGAUCGAGCACGAACACAAAAUCCUCGACCCGGAGUUGGAGAAAGCAGCGCAGGAGGAAUCAAACCCGGACGAUGAUAACGGGCUACUCCCGAAUAUCGUGUCGGUGAACAUUGUGAACGUUUUUGCGAAAACCAGAGUGGUGUUGGUCGUUGCGACAAAUCACGUCGUCAAGUGCUACUGGGUGCCGGCGGGAUGAGAUCAUGACUAGGAUGUGAGUCUUUUGUCAGUAAACUUCAAAUCAAACCGCAGGUUGGUUUUUGUGAAAUGCAAAUCCACGAAUCAAAUGAACUUGAACAAUUUGAAAUGCAAUGCAAACAAUGUGGAUGAGGACAUACCCGUUCCGUGGGAUUUGUUCUGUCACUACGCCAGCUGUGCACGUCG